GGUUUGUUUGAAUAAUACAUCUAAUUAUAUGUUUUAUUUGAAAUAGUAUUUGUAUAACAAAAUUUUAUAUGAAUUCAAACUACCAUAGUGAGUUUUAGUAUUGGGAUAAUUUAGUUUAUUAAUUUUCUUAAAUUAAUUGUUAGUAAAUAACCACAUCAGCAAUACAAAAAGGAUUAUGUACUUUUUGCAAGCUAAAAUGAACAACCCGUUACUGAUGAACAGAUACCCGUCCAUUGAUUACGUGCACAUAUUCCCGGAUUAUGCAGAUGGCUGGUACUUGAGAUCGGCUAAAAUGGACCCUAAUCAUAGUAAAACCGGCACUUACCUUGAUUAUAAAUAUCUGCAAACCUGUCUGGAGGGCAAACGGGGCACAGAAAUGUCCGAAUACAUGCUCUUGAAAGCCGUGGAGCGCACAGUACUCCGGGAUCGGCCCGAGUACGAGAAAAAGCAUAAAUGUAAAAAGCAUUUGUAUCGUAAAUAUUUAUAAUGUUUACCGCAGUGUUAUGGUAAAUUGUAUACCAACACAUGUAUUAAUACUGUUCACUGGCAAUUUAUUUUGAUGUAAUAUGUUGAUUAAUAAAUUAUCAUGUUAUAUUUAAA